AAUGGGGUGCCGCGUAGCAAAGCCGAAAAGAAAAACACAUUAUAAUUUCCUACAUAAAAAUCACUCUUCACUCUUGUAUCAGUUCGCCAUUCUGCACACAACAAUCUCUACUCCAGAAACCCUAAAAUGGAGAUUAAUCGAACUCCACGAAAACAACGACUUCUCGGUGUCAUCGUAGAUAAAGAUGAGAUCAAUAUCGUUUAUUCUCCAUGCCCUGCAUCAUCCUAUUUUGAUCUCCUGAAUUCUGCUUACACAGGGAAACUAGAUCGUUUCAAGAUGAAAGCUUCAUUUUACGAUAGUAGAAAGGAAGGAUUAGCAAUUGCGAUCCCACGUCUUGUGGAUGGAGAUGGAAGAGGAUCUCUUGCUUUUGCUGCUGCUGGAGGAAGAGUGGAUGUUUGUAGAUACUUGCUUGAAGAGUUGAAUCUUGACGUUGAUGUGGAAGACUAUCAUGGUGUAACUCCCUUAUGUUACGGAGCUGUUAAAGGGCAUCUUAACACUGUAGAGUAUCUUCUUGAGAAGGGUGCCAAUCCUGAUGGAUCAAAUGAUCCAAAUAGUACAACUAAUACUCCUUUGCAUCAUGCUGUACUGGGAGGAGAUAGAAAGAUACAGACAUUGCUACUUUCAAAAGGUAUUCACAUCAAUGCUGCUACUACAUCUGGCACAGCCCUAUCAUAUGCUGUUGUUCUUGGCCAGUUUGAUGCUGUUAAAGUGUUGUUGGAUCACCAUGCAGAUCCUAAUGUAGUGAUGUCGGGUGCAGCUACACCGCUAGCGUCAGCUAUUGUUAACAAUUCCCUGCGAAUCAUGGACCUUUUACUACAGGCAGGUGCUGAUCCAAAUGCCGAAUCACGUGGAAUUGCCCCUCUGCUAUAUGCAGUAGAUCAUGGGCGAACACGAUGUAUCAUGCGCUUACUAGAGGCUGGUGCUGAUCCAAAUGUUACAGAUAAUGAAGGGAUGACUGCAGUAGAAAUUGCUGCUAAAGAGGGUAAUAGCGAAAUUGUUGAGAUUCUAUUUCCUGUGACUUCUUGCAUUCCAACAUAUCCGAAUUGGACCAUUGGUGGACAUAUGGAGCAUGUGCAUUCUGAAGCUGCCAAAAAGAAGAAGAAGAAACCUGAAGGUUAUGAGACAUUUCUUCAAGCAAAAAUGAAAGGCGCAGAAGCAUUUCAGGAAAAGCAGUAUUCUUUGGCAGCGACCUGGUACUCAAAGGCAUUGGAAGUUGCUCCAACAGAUGCAAGUCUACUAUCCAAUAGGAGUGCUUGUUAUGCACGUAUGCAAGAUGGACCUGAAGCAUUAAGGGAUGCAACUGAAUGCAUAUCUUUAAGGCCUGGUUGGCCAAAGGCAUACUACAGGGAAGGCGUAGCGCUCAACAUUCUGAAAAGGUACAGCGAAGCAGCAGAUGCAUUUUUUACUGGUUUGACGCUGGAUCCUGGAAACAAAGAUCUUGCUGAUGCAUUCAGGGGUGCUAAUGAAGCUAGGUUGAAGUCCAUCCUACAACCAUAGGCAGAAGAAGAUGGUAAUGAUUGUAGACCGACAAUAUUAUCUGGACGGUUCUUUACCUUACAAUAAUUAGUACUUUCUUGUUCCACUUGGAAUUUUUGUUGAUGAGGGGAACUCUUUUAACCUCUUACGCCACAAGUAGCCGUGUAAAUAAGUUUCAGUUAUCUUACUUCCCACUUGGAAUAUUGUUAGUUGCUUUAUUUUUUUCAGUCUUUGAUUCGGGUUCUCUUCUUAGAUUCGAAAGUUCCAGCUUUCCUCUAGGAUUAUUUGGGUUUCCAUGGGGUUUAUGUCCAUCUUUUGCUUUGUGGUGUUGUGUUCUUCUCCAUCUUUGUUUGCCUUCCUUUUCAUCAUCAUUCUCAGUCAAGGCCUUGUAUAAAAUCUAUCCUAACUCUUUUAGAGCGGUUUCAAUGGUGGUUGUCCGGUGUGGGGUUUGGAGAUGGCGGUGUAGAUGGUGGUGGAGUCUCAGAGUUGCAGCUCCAUUCAAGUAAAGACUCGGUGUUCUUCUGGCCGGCUUCAAUCAUUUGGGUGCUGUUUAGUGAUGUUCUUGAUCUAUUUUUUUUUUUUCUUUUCUCAAUCAAUGCUCUCUUGGAAUCACUGAUUUCAUCCAUCAAUGGUACUUGUUUAGUUGAUGAAAACAGUAGCGGCGGAUUUCUUGCUGAUGUUUGAUUGUAAAAGUUGAAUGGUUAGAUUCAUAAAUUCUUAC